AAAAUAUCCUCUAGGCGUGGGCACGGGCCAUUCCCCAUAAUCCUGGCUACGGUCGGACAAGGAAGGGGACCCGCACUGUCCCCUUCUAGGGCCCCCACGCCGCGGGACCUUCCACUGUCCCCUGCUUUCUCCGUCCUGGGGGCGGGCUGUGGAGUCUGCCCAGCAGGGAGUGGGUGGGGGCCCAGGCAGUGUCGGGCCGUGAGUGUGGGCGGAAGGGACGUGGGCCCGAGGAAGAGGCAGGCCCAGCAGGAGGGGCCGGUUUUUGGGAGCAAAUAUUAGCCAGGAAGAGGUGGGUGCUGCUGUUGGCUGGACCCGGCUGCCAGGCGCUUUCCAAGAACCACCCGCCUUGCUCCUGCCGACCUGCGGCAGCUAGCCAGUUGUUUGGCACUGACCCCACUGGUGAGGCUGCGGCUGCCACUGUCAUCCUGGGCCCAAGGCUGGCACAGAGAAGGGGAGGGACAGGACAUGAGCUUGGUCUGCCCCGAGCCCCUGGCCCACACCCCAUAGUCUGUGACCCCGGGGCACCAGUCCCUAAACCUCAGCUCACAGGCCAGAGGGGCCCUCACCAACUCUGUGCCUGGACUGCCUGUCCAGCCUGCUGGCCUCAGUACCUCCACCCUGGCCAGGACCAUCCCAGGUCUCUGCUCACACCUGCCUAGCUUCCAGAACCCCAUCGCCUCUCUGGUGCCCAGUCUGGGAUUCCAAGUCCCUCUGCAGUAGUUCCUCCUAUGUGGCCCCCUGCAAAGUUCCACUGCCAAGGCCCACCCCUCCAGCCUCUUCCUAGCCCUAGUGGAACCCUUGGGGUCCCCUUCCUCCUGCAUCCAACCUUGCCUCUCUGGGGACCCAUCUCUACUUCCCCCUUAGCUGCCCCAUAUCUAUACUCACUGCCACGUCCCCUUCCUGUCGCAUCCCUCCCCUCUCUCAGGGACACUGUCAGGCCAGUGCAGGGGGAGACAGAGACUCUGCUCACUUGGGGUUCAGACUUUUGGGAGAAUUCCGUUUGGGAUAAAAGCCAUUGGGUCGUUCAGCUCCCAGCCAGCUUGGAAGACUGUACUGACUACCCUUCCACAAGCCUGUGCCCCUGGAGCCUGCCCUCCUGGCUGCCCCGAGGCCCUCUUCAUCUGCCACUCCCAGGAACCCCGCCUAGUAGGCGAUGCCCAGGCCACUGCCACCGACCCACAGACCUGCCGGCAUCUCCAUGGCCCUGGCUGAGGCUACCAGCUGCUCCCCACAGCAGUCGGCCAGCUGGUUCCCUUCAGGGGCUGCUGCUCCGCCCCCUCCCCACCCCUGGGGCUGUAAUCUGAGCUGCCCGCUGCUGCCUCCCCUCCCAAUCCUUGGCUGCGGCGAAGAGGGCUUCUCGGCCUAAGUCCCCCAGCUGCGCUGCCCCAUGCGGCCCUGAGCCCGACAGCGAGUCCACUAUGGGUUGUGGGGCCUGUGUCCCCUCAGAGGCCACAGGGGUUGGCAUCCAGGGCCGCCGGCUGGGAGCCGUGUUGGGCGCCCUGUGUGUCUUCCCCACGCUUGUGCUGCUGGCCUGGCUGGGGGUCCCGGUGAUGCCGGCCUGGAGCGCAGGGCAGUCUGCUUUCCGCACCAGCUUCUGGGCUUGGGGGCUGACCCUGCCGGCUCCCGCCACACACCUUCUGCCCUUGAAGGGAGACAUCACUGCUCUGGACCCCUCUGGGGUCCCAGCCACCUGGAUCCCGGGCCCACUGCCCCCCCGCAGACGCCGUUAUACGCUGACCCCAGCCAGGCUGCACUGGGACCACUUUAACCUCACCUACAGGAUCCUCUCUUUCCCGAGGAACCUGCUGAGCCCCCGAGAGACUCGGCGGGGCCUGGCAGCCGCUUUCCGCAUGUGGAGCGACGUGUCCCCCUUCAGCUUCCGCGAGGUGGCCCCUGAGCAGCCCAGCGACCUGAGGAUAGGCUUCUACCCAGUCAACCACACGGACUGCCUGGUCUCUGCGCUGCACCACUGCUUCGAUGGGCCCACGGGGGAGUUGGCCCAUGCCUUCUUCCCCCCACAUGGCGGCAUCCACUUUGACGAUAGCGAGUACUGGGUUCUGGGCCCCACACGCUACAGCUGGAAGAAAGGCGUGUGGCUCACAGACCUGGUGCACGUGGCGGCCCACGAGAUCGGCCACGCGCUGGGCCUGAUGCACUCGCAGCACAGCCGGGCACUCAUGCACCUCAAUGCCACGCUGCGCGGCUGGAAGGCGCUGUCGCAGGACGAGCUGUGGGGGCUGCACCGGCUCUACGGUUGCCUGGACCGGCUGUUCGUAUGCGAGUCCUGGGCUCGGAGGGGUUUCUGCGACACCCGCCGGCGGCUCAUGAAAAGGCUCUGCCCCAGCAGCUGCGACUUCUGCUAUGAAUUCCCCUUCCCUACAGUGGCUGCCACCCCACCACCCCCCAGGACCAAAACCAAGUUGGUGCCUGAAGGCAGGAAUGUGACCUUCCGCUGCGGCCAGAAGAUCCUCCACAAGAAAGGCAAAGUGUACUGGUACAAGGACCAGGAGCCCCUGGAGUUCUCCUACCCCGGCUACCUGGCUCUGGGCGAGGCGCACCUGAGCAUCAUCGCCAACGCCAUCAACGAGGGCACCUACACCUGUGUGGUGCGCCGGCAUCAGCGCGUGCUCACCACCUACUCCUGGCGUGUCCGCGUGAGGAGCUGAGCUCCCGGAGCCCUUUGGGCGACCUCCUGGCUGAUAAAGCACUUUCUCUCUGA